CUCUCUCGCCAGUAUCAAGUAGUUCCAGAAGCUUCCAGACUUCGGCGGCGAUGAGUUCCUCUCAAGGAGGCGGCGGCCGCGGGAAGGCGAGGACGGCGAAGGCGGUGUCGCGGUCGUCCAAGGCCGGGCUCCAGUUUCCCGUCGGCCGCAUCGCCCGCUACCUCAAGGCUGGCAAGUACGCGGAGCGCGUCGGCGCAGGCGCCCCCGUCUACCUCUCCGCCGUCCUCGAGUACCUCGCCGCCGAGGUGCUGGAGCUGGCGGGGAACGCGGCGCGGGACAACAAGAAGAACAGGAUCGUGCCGCGGCACAUCCAGCUGGCGGUUCGCAACGACGAGGAGCUGGGCAGGCUGAUGGGCAACGUCACGAUCGCGGCCGGCGGCGUGCUGCCCAACAUCAAUCCUGUUCUGCUGCCCAAGAAGGCCGGCGGCAAGGGCGACAUCGGCUCCGCCUCCCAGGAGUUUUGAGUGGUUUUUCCUCAUCGGUAGAUGCAGGGGGGAUUGCCAUUUCGCCGAUCUCUCGUCUGGGUCAUUCGUGCGAUGCUUCCUCUUCCAUGCUUUCUUGUGGUUGGGGGGUUCGAACUCAUGUAAAAAGUACAAAUACAAAGUGAUUUGGUCCAUUAAUGUUGGAUGAGUAGAUGAUAUUAACAAGUUUCUUUAGCGAAA